AUGGAUAACAAAUACAAAGAAAUUUUUCGAAGAUGUCGAAAAAUGCAACCCAAGACUCAAAACAUCCCCAUUUUGGAAGAAAUAAUAACCACUACAUUAUCAGAAGAUUUGCUGGAACGUUUCAAAAUCUCCUCGAAAAAACGGCAUUAUUUACUCGAAUACAAAUGCCAAGUAUCGAAAGAAACAAAAAAGAAAGAACACAAGACGAAACUGAAGGAAUUAUAUCCCGAAGUUCCCCAGAAAAACACUUCACAUUUUGAUAUUAGAGCUUUCGCUGAAUCAGGUCCCAAAACUAUAAAAUUAAUGUUUGUUUUAAGAGAAAUAAUGAAGCGGGUGCAAACUGGAGGUCUUCAGGAUGUGUAUCCUCAAGUAGUCGAAACUAUUUUAGAGGAAGCGCGAGAUGAAUUUAUUGAAACGAUUCAUGGAGUGAGUGUUAAUUUGAAAACUAAACCGUUAGACAAAACUGACGGACACAUACAUCUUGAAACAUUCAAAUUUUUGGGAAAAUCUAAACGCUAUGAAGUUUACUUAGCUAACAGAAAGAAAAUAUUGAGAAAAUGGAAACUGCAUCAUCCUCUAAUUCGAGCAGUACUUAAUGAAUGUGUUACAUUUUUACCAGAUAAAAUUUUUGAUUUCGGAGUCAAAAACAGCGAACCUAUAGACAUUGCCGCCUUAAACGACGUUUUCUAUAAUUAUACCAAGGAAGCAAAAGCUUUGUUCAAAGAUCUUUACACAAGACUUUAUACUAUGGUACAAAAAGACAAAAGUAAGAAUAAUGAUCAUCUUUCAGCUUGCACGGGUUUAUUUUCGGUUCAUAUGAGCCAAACAAUCAUCGAAUCGAUGAAAUAUAUCACCAGAGUCACCGGAAAUGAAGAUUUGAUUCCGUAUCUCAAACUCACUUUGAUAUUUGGAGAAGACGGUCUUUCUUUAAAACCGACAAUGGAAGAAGUCAUUGCUUUAUAUACGCUAUUUUUCAGAGAACUUGUUGAUACUGGUGAAAAUUUCCCAAUAUUAGAAUCGGCAAAAAAUGAAGCUUUGAGUGAAAAUUGUAUGUACCUCAAUGUCACCGAAGAUUUUGUAAGUUCUUGCAUUAAAGAAAUGUCGAAGAACAUUGCCAAGAUGUAUGAACCGAUUUUUGCAUAUCUAGGAUAUGUUGAAUCUGAGUUUGGAGAUGUCUAUGCUGAUAUUGGAGGAGAUUCUAGUGAAGAAGGAGCAAUGACUUUUACUAAAGGUUUCAAUCAAAUUGCUUACUACAAGAGCUACAUCAAAAAGGCCAUGACUGAUUUAACUAAUGAAUACUUUGCGAUUGGUCAACUCAUUUUAUCUGAAUAUGUUGAUAAUUUGAAAGCUUCCUUACAACAAAUAAUUGACGAAACUCAUGCCAAAAUCAGUUUAGAACAUCGUAGAGAAGACGAAGCAAUUUGCCAAUGUUUUCAAGAUGUUAAAGAGAAAGCACUUGAAAUUCCAGCCAACACAGAGGAACUUAUAGCACAAGGCAAAUACAUGAUUUGGGUGAAAACUGUUCAUCUUAAAGAACUCAGAGAGCGAAUCCAGCAAAUGUUAUACAAUCUAGUCAAACUGAUUGAAUUUGGUGAAAUUACUCGCGACCACAUGGACUUAAAUUCAGAUACUGUUAAUUGGUUGAUGAAAAUUGAACCAAUUCUUGAUCAAAAUUCAACCAUGUACGAGCAAUUUAAGUUUGAAGCUGAGGAAAAAUUGCAAAAAACUAAAGAAGAAAUAGCAAUUGCUCUUCAUGAUCUAGAACCCAAACUAGUGAUUCUAAACGACAUGGAUGAUGUUGUCAAUGUGAGAGAGUACGUACACAAAAUGGCCCCGUUUUUAGAAGUUAUGAGAGAUGUUCGAAAGAAAAUUCUGUGGAGUAACAAAGAAGAAACCAGUUUGGGUUUUGGAGUCACUACUUUUAAUAAAUAUGAAGAAACAGCAAAUCACUUGUUUCCCUUUUAUCACCUUUUAAAACUUUGUUUAAAUCUUGAAAGGAAAAUAGGAGUUUGGUUAGACGGCCAAUUUGAAUUUCUCAACGCUGAUGAGACCGAAGCUCAGAUUGAAGAGUUCCAAAAGGAGUUGUUAAAAAUUCAAAAAACUUACAGGAUUAAGUUACGACAAGCGCAAGCCGAGAAUAUUCCCUUACGAUUCGAUGGUAUCGUCGAUGAUCCUGAACUGGUAAACUGGCCAGCGCCGUUAAAACUCACAGCAAAAGCCAUUCACAAUAUCAAAGAUUUCAGACCGGCCUUGAUAAUGAUGAAAAUCAUGUGCAACGAUGCUUUAUUGAAAAGACACUGGAAAGAAAUGUCAGAAGUUGCGGGUUUUGAUAUGACUCCCAACGCUGGUACUUCACUGAGAAAACUGAUGCAAAUGGGUCUUGAAGCUGAAAUUGACAAAUAUGAGAUUAUCAGUUCUAGUGCAACUAAAGAACGAGAACUUUUGAAAAAUUUGAAUAAAAUGCAAGCGGAAUGGGUUGAUAUUUGUUUCAAAACUGGAAUUUAUAAAGACACAGGAAUUCAUAUCUUGACACAAUUGGAUGACAUUCAAGUCGUUCUUGAUGAUCACAUUCUAAAGACAUUAACAAUGCGAGGCUCGGUUUUUGUCAGACCAUACGAAAAUGAAGUUAAGAUAUUUUAUGAGAAAUUAACCAGAAUUAACAACACAAUCGAGGAAUGGGGUAAAGUUCAGUCGCAAUGGCUGUACUUGUUACCGAUUUUUUCCUCAAAAGAUAUAGUAAGCCAAAUGCCAGAAGAAGGGCUUCUUUUCAAAGAAGUUAACGAUACCUACAAGAGAUACAUGGAUAUGGUCUUAAGGGACCCUCGAGUCACCGAAACCGCUGGUGCUAUUGGUGUUUUAGAAGCAAUGGUUCACUGCAUUGAACUUUUAGAGAAAAUCAAUGAUGGAGUAGUGUCUUACUUGGAGCGAAAACGACUUUUCUUCCCGCGCUUCUUCUUUUUGUCAAAUGACGAAAUGUUGGAGAUCUUGUCUGAAACUAAAGACCCUUUACGAGUUCAACCACAUUUAAAGAAAUGUUUCGAAGCAAUCAAUCGGUUAAAAUUUGACGAUCAAUUACAGAUUCAUGCGAUGUAUAGUCAAGAAGGAGAACAAAUUGAUUUUGUCGAAAUGAUCAAGACUAAGGAGUUCGGAGGUAGUGUGGAGAAAUGGUUGAUUUUGGUCGAGGACCAAAUGGUUAAGUCUGUUCGGGAGCAAAUAAUUAAAAGUUUCAAGAAUUAUUUCGUGACGCCGAGGACCAAAUGGGUACAAAAGUGGCCUGGACAAGUGGUCCUAGCUGUGUCACAAAUGCAUUGGACCACUCAUGUCCACAAAGCAUUAAAUCGAGUUGAAGAUAUGUCUAUUGAAUCGUUUUCUGAACAACUCAAAAAGCAACUUAAAGACAUCGUUGGUUUGAUUAGAGACCCAACACUCACUAAUUUAUCUAGAAUUACAAUCAAAGCGUUGAUUGUAAUUGACGUCCAUGCCAAAGACGUCGUUCAUGACCUUCAAGAAAAGAAGGUGAAAGAUGAUAAAGAAUUCAAGUGGUUGUCACAAAUGAGGUAUUAUUUGGAAGACGAUGAGUCCUACGUUCGACUUAUCAAUGCAACAGUGCGAUACGCCUACGAAUACUUGGGGAAUACCGAUCGUCUUGUUAUCACACCCUUGACUGAUCGCUGUUAUCGAACUUUAAUUGGAGCUUACCAUUUGCACUUGAACGGAGCUCCAGAAGGUCCAGCUGGGACAGGAAAAACAGAAACUACAAAGGAUUUGGCCAAAGCAAUUGCUGUUCAGUGUGUUGUGUUCAACUGUUCCGAUGGUUUAGAUUACAAAGCCAUGGGGAAAUUUUUCAAAGGUUUGGCUUCUUGUGGUGCAUGGGCUUGCUUUGAUGAAUUCAAUCGAAUUGAUAUUGAGGUGUUAUCAGUCGUAGCCCAACAAAUCCUUUCCAUAAUCAUGGCAGUCCGUGCUAACGCCAGUAAAUUUCUUUUCGAAGGAACAGAAAUAUCUCUUAAUCCGGCUUGCUAUGUUUGUAUCACUAUGAAUCCGGGUUAUGCCGGUCGAACAGAAUUACCUGAUAAUUUGAAGGUUCUGUUUCGAACUGUUGCAAUGAUGGUACCGGAUUAUGCUAUGAUUGGUGAGAUUUCUUUGUACUCGUAUGGUUUUAUCGACGCAAGAAACCUUUCUGUGAAAAUUGUUACGACUUAUAGACUUUGUUCGGAACAGUUGUCGUCUCAAAAUCACUACGAUUAUGGCAUGAGAGCUGUAAAAUCGGUCCUUUCCGCUGCUGGUAACAACAAAAGGAAUUUUCCAGACGAACAUGAGGAUAUUUUAUUAUUGCGAGCUAUACUUGACGUCAAUUUACCGAAAUUUCUUAAUCAAGAUCUUCCACUGUUUGAAGGAAUCAUCUCUGAUUUGUUCCCAGGAGUUGUUCUUUCUGAAGCUGACUACAAAAUGUUAACACACGCUAUGAAUGUAUGUUGCGAGAAACGUAACUUGCAACCAAAGAACUCUUUUCUUUUGAAAAUUAUCCAAACGUAUGAAAUGAUGAUUGUGAGGUGGGGUUUUAUGAUCGUAGGGGAACCUUUCGCUGGUAAAACUUCAACACUGCAAAUUUUGGCCGAUACUUUGACGUUCAUCAACAACCAAGGAUGUGGCGAAGCAAAAGUACAAUAUACAAUUCUGAAUCCUAAAGCGAUAACAAUGGGACAACUCUAUGGACAGUUUGACCCAAUUUCGUACGAAUGGUCGGAUGGUGUCGUUGCAACUUGUUUCCGUAAUUAUGCCAACGAUUCGAGCUCUGAUCGGAAAUGGAUCAUCUUCGAUGGGCCUGUCGAUGCAGUUUGGAUCGAAAAUAUGAACAGUGUUUUGGAUGAUAAUAAGAAACUUUGCUUGAUGAGUGGCGAAGUUAUGACUUUGUCAAGCACAAUGUCGCUUAUUUUUGAAGUUAUGGAUUUGGAGCAAGCUUCUCCAGCGACUGUGUCUCGCUGUGGAAUGAUAUACAUGGAAGCUGUAACUUUGGGUUGGGAACCUUUUAUGGAAUCGUGGAUUGUGAAUUGUAACCCAGAUUGGUGUCACGAUGAAUUUAAAACUCUGAUUAUCGAUCUUUUCAAAUGGAUUGUACCCCCAUGUCUGUAUUUCAUACGAAAACAGUGUAUUCAAUACUGUAACAUUGGAAAUAUAAAUUUGGUUAAAAAUAUGAUGCAACUGCUUGAAAUGACCCUAAAUAAGGCUUUAGCCGAGUCGGUGAAAAAAGAAGAAGAGACAAAAAAUUUGUUGAUUUGGAUGCAAGCGGCUUUUAUCCAGGCUGGUUUGUGGGGAUUGGGGUGUGUCCUAGAUUCAGACUCAAAAAUAAAAUUUGAUACCUUUUAUAAGCAAUUGUGGAGAAAUCAGAUCGAGGAACAUCCGUAUCCUCCUUCGAUGGAAAAACUUGAAUUAAAUAUACCGAUUGAAGGACUUCUCUAUGAUUACUCUUAUCAUUUUCGAAUGAAAGGCACUUGGAAAUUCUGGCCUGAAGUCGUAAGAAACGAAAGGGUUGAAGAAUGUUCCAAUAUUUUGCAGGCAUUGAUUCCGACUGUCGAUACUGCAAGAUAUAUGGGUCUUGUAGACCUCCACAUCAGGAAUAAGCUACCAGUGUUACUGGUUGGGCCCACAGGGACAGGGAAAAGUUUCUACAUUCAAGACCUCUUAAUGAACCAACUAGACAAAGAAUUGUACUUACCAUCUUUUAUAACAUUCACCGUGAAAAUUACAGCAAAUCAAACUCAAAAUUUGAUCAUUUCAAAACUAAAUAAAUUAAGGAGAUCGCAUUAUGGGGCACCAAAAGGCAAGACUUGUGUGCUCUUCAUCGACGAUAUCAAUAUGCCGUAUAAAGAAACAUAUGGGGCUCAACCCCCUAUCGAACUACUCCGUCAGUAUUUUGACCACAAGAAUUGGUACGACUUGAAAACAACAGAACCAGUGUUUUUACACAACGUCAUUUUCCUAGCUGCGAUGGGUUUGGUUGGUGGUAGUCGACAAGAAAUUUAUCCUCGUUUCCUGCGACAUUUCAGUAUCUUCUCAAUCAAUGAAUUUUCCGAAGAAACAAUGGCGAAAAUUUACAUAAAUAUCCUACAUCUAGGUUGGAAAAAUAACGGUUUUCCUAGUGACGUAAUCUCUUUAGCUGUGCAAACAGUUGGUGCUAGUCUUGAUAUUUAUAAAUCUGCAAUGGAAAAUCUAAGACCAACUCCUUCGAAAAGUCACUACGUUUUUAAUUUACGCGACUUUUCUCGUUUGAUUCAAGGCUGUGCAAUGCUUCGUAAAGAGUGUGCCGAAAGCAAAAUUGUUUUUGCAAAAAUUUGGGUACAUGAAGUGUUGAGAAUUUUCUAUGACCGACUGGUCGAAGAUACAGAUAAAAAUUGGUUGUUUUCAAAGUUAAAACUUGUAGUGCGUGAUCACUUCAAGGAACAUUUUGAUACGAUUUUUGAUAAUCUACCCAAGGAUCCUGACGGGAAUUUGACAUUAGAUUCUUUAAAAAAAUUAAUGUUUGGGACAUAUUUUGAUCAAGAUUCGAACGACGAUGAAAGAAGAUAUGAGGAAACAGUAAACAUCAAGCAAUUUGCAGAUGUUUGUCAACUUUGUCUGGAUGAAUAUAAUGCAACUCAUAAAACGAAAAUGGAUGUGGUUCUUUUUGACUACGCCCUGGAACAUCUAUCAAAAAUUUGUCGAGUGUUAUCAAUGGCUUGUGGAAGUUGUUUAUUGGUUGGUAUAAGUGGUUCAGGAAGACAAUCUUUAACUAAAUUAGCAAGUGAGAUUUAUAGUCAGCAUUUGUAUCAACCUGAAAUCACCAAUAAUUAUGGUUUAAACGAAUGGAGAGAUGAUAUUAAAAAAAUUUUGAAAGAAGCAGGAGGUAGAGGACGACAUUGUGUUUUUCUCAUAUCGGAGGGACAAAUUAAAGAAGAAUCUUUUUUACAAGAUAUUGAUUGUCUGCUUAAUUCAGGCGAGGUACCAAAUAUAUACCAAAUCGACGAAAGGCAGGAGAUUUUGGAUAUGGUGCGUUUAGCAGCUCAAGGGGGAAACCGAAAUCUUGAUAUUAGUGCCUUACAAAUCUUUUAUUUCUUCACAAAACGUUGUCGUGAAAAGUUACACAUUAUUCUGUGCUUCAGUCCUGUGGGUUCCACUUUCAGAAACCGCUUAAGACUCUACCCUUCUCUUAUCAAUUGCUGCACCAUUGACUGGUUUGACGAUUGGCCUGAAAAUGCUUUAGAAGAAGUUGCUUAUAAUUGGAUGACCGAUGUUAAUAUACCCGAUGAAGUUAAAAAUCAAGCUGUUAUAGCUUGCAAAUACUUCCACGUAGAGGCUAGAAAAGUUUCUGAAGAAUUUUAUCACGCCUCAGGUCGCAAAACUUACAUAACUUCUGCUUCCUACUUAGAACUUAUCAAAUCGUUUACAAUUCUCACCAAUGAGAAGCAGAAAGAAAUACUCACAACGCAAAAACGUUACAUUGGCGGUUUGAAAAAACUGUUAUUUGCGGCGGAGCAAAUCGCCGAAAUGCAGAAAAAUUUGGCAAAUUUACAACCGCAACUUGAAGAUAUGAAUCGAAAGGCAAUUGACAUGAUGAAACAAAUUGAAAGUGAAACAAUAGAAGUUGAAAAAGCCUCAGAAUUGGUGAAAAAAGACGAAAAAGUUGCAAAUAUUCAAGCAGCAAUGGCUUCAGCUUUGAAACGAGAGUGCGAAGCCGAUUUGGCUGAAGCUAUUCCCAUAUUAGAGGAUGCCAUUCGAGCCUUAGACACACUAAAACCAGCAGAUAUUACUCUAGUCAAAUCUAUGAAAAAUCCACCAGCUGCUAUAAAGUUGGUAAUGGCGGCCGUUUGCAUAAUGAAAGAUGUAAAACCGGCAAGAAUCCGCGAUCCUUCCACUGGUCGAAUGAACCUGGAUUAUUGGGGCCCAAGUGUAAAAGUUCUCGGAGACAUGAAUUUCCUCCAAAGUCUCAAAGAUUUUGAUAAAGAUCACAUCAAACCGGAGAUAAUGGUCAAAAUUCGUAAAGAGUUUCUUCCUCACAAAGAUUUCAAACCGGCUAUUGUUGCCAAGGCAUCAAGUGCAGCAGAAGGAUUGUGCAAGUGGAUUAUUGCAAUCGACAAAUAUGAUGAAGUCAACAAAAUUGUCGCUCCAAAAAAGGAAAAGUUGGAUAAGGCCGAACGCGAAUUUGCUGCAACGAUGGAAAUUUUAAGAGCAAAACGAGAACAGGUCAAGCAGUUGGAAGAAAAAUUAGCAGUGUUGAAUGAACAGUUGGCUGAGGCUGUUCAGAAACAAGGGGAACUGCAAGCCGACGUGGAUUUGUGUAAAAAUAAGCUAAUUCGGGCUCAGAAAUUGAUAGGAGGUCUUGGUGGUGAAAAAACGAGGUGGACUGCAGCAGCCAACUCACUUCAAGAGCAACAUGAUUCUUUGGCAGGAGAUAUUUUGAUAUCUAGCGGGAUUAUGGCUUAUUUGUCACCUCUUACGGCGUAUUAUCGUCAAAAAACAGUGGCAGAUUGGCACAAAUGCGUAACAGAGCUUCAAAUACCUUGUUCUGAAGUGUUUGACUUUCUGGUAGUAUUAGGAUCUGAUGUUAAAGUACAAAAUUGGUACAUUAGUGGACUACCGCGUGAUAGUUUCUCGACUGAAAAUGGUAUAAUUCAAGAUAAUUCAAGAAAAUGGUCUUUAUUCAUCGAUCCCCAGUAUCAAGCCAGUAACUGGAUAAAGAAAAUGGAAAAGAAAAAUUCCUUGUACGUUGUAAAAUUUUCUCAUUCCGAUUAUAUGAAAAAAAUCGAGAACUGUGUCCAAAACGGUUAUCCUGUCUUAAUAGAAAGUGUGGGUGAGGUUUUAGAAGCACCAAUAGACCCUUUGCUCUACAAAAAAGUUUUCAAGCAAGCAGGAUUUGAAGUAAUCAGUAUGGGCGAAAACGUAAUUCCCUACAACAAAAAUUUUAGAUUAUAUUUAGCAUCACCUUUGAGGAAUCCUCAUUACUUACCCGAAGUGUUUAAUAGAGUGACAAUUAUCAAUUUUGCUUUAACUUUGGAAGGAUUACAAGAUCAACUGCUGGGAAUUGUGGUUGCAGUUGAGAAACCAGAUUUGCAACGACUUAAAGAAGAAUUGAUUGUGCAAAAAGCCGAAAACAAGGCUGCUUUAGAUAACGUCGAAUUAAAUAUUUUGAGAACUUUGUCGGAAUGUAAGGGUGAUAUUCUCGAAGACGAAUCAGCUAUCCAGAUUCUAGACGAAUCGAAAUUAUUGUCCAUCACAAUUCGAGAAAAGCAGAGCAAGUCUUUAGAAAUCGAGAAAACCAUUGAAGAGUUUCGCGUUUUGUACCAAGGAGUGUCAGAACAUUCUGCUGUUCUUUAUUACUGCAUCUGUGAUUUGGGAAAUGUUGACCCAAUGUAUCAAUACUCUCUUGAUUGGUUUAUCAAUUUGUACAUUGGGUCAAUACAAAGAGCUGAAAAAUGUAAAAGUGUGGAGAAAAGGUGUUCGAAUUUGAUCACAGCCUUCACUUUCGAUCUUUACUCGAACAUUACUCGAUCUUUAUUCGAAAAAGACAAAUUAUUGUUUUCGUUUCUACUUUGUUCCAAAAUUCUCAUUUUUCAAAAAACAUUGGAUGAGAGGGAGUUUAUGUUUCUGUUAACGGGAGGUGUUAGUGUUGAAAACCCUAUACCUAAUCCAGUCAGUUGGUUACCAAACCAAGCUUGGGAUGAAAUAUGUCGAGUUGACGAAUUACCAGCUUUUAACAAUUUUCGAGAUUCUUUUGUGCAAUCGAAUCGUGAUUGGAAGAGAAUUUAUGACAGUUAUGAACCUGAAAAGGAAAAAUUACCAUCACCAUGGCAAGACAAACUCAACACUUUUCGGAAAUUGAUUGUGAUUCGAAUUUUGCGAUCUGAUAAGUUAUUGGUGGGUGCCAUCGAUUACAUUUCGAAAGAAAUGGGUGUUAAAUACAUUACACCUCCUCAAUUUAACAUCUCGGUUUCUUAUAACGAAUCCUACAAUUUGUGUCCUCUAAUCUUUAUUUUGUCACCUGGGACGGAUCCAAUGGCUGCUCUUGUAAAAUUUGCAGAAGAAAAGAAAUAUACUGAAAAGUUUCAGUCGAUUUCUUUAGGACAAGGGCAAGGUCCACGCGCCGCUGCUUUAAUUCAACAGGGGCAAGAUGAGGGAUUGUGGGUUUGUCUCCAGAAUUGUCAUCUAGCAACAUCUUGGAUGCCCAGUCUUGAGAAAAUUUUCGAAGAUAUGGAUUAUGCAAAUACCAAUGACAAUUUUAGGUUGUGGUUAACGAGUUACCCUUCCGACAAGUUUCCUGUAUCAAUUUUGCAAAAAGGUGUAAAAAUCACAAACGAACCUCCUACUGGUUUGAAAGAUAAUUUGUUAAAAUCUUACGUUAAUGAUCCUGUAAAGAAUUACGAUUUUUACAACGGUUGUCCAGGAAAUCAAGAGAUGUUUGUCAAGUUGUUAUAUGGUAUAGCGUUUUUUCAUGCUGUUGUGCAAGAAAGACGCACUUUUGGUGCACUUGGAUGGAAUAUUCCUUACGGUUUCAACGAUUCAGACUUCGAUAUAAGUGUCCAACAGCUUCAAAUGUUUAUUAAUGAGAGUGAAAAUCCGUACGAAGCUUUAUCGUAUUUGAUCGGCGAAUGCAAUUAUGGAGGUCGAGUGACGGACGAUUGGGAUCGUCGUUUGAUUACGACGAUUCUUGACGAUUUUCUCAAUCCUCGAGUUGCCAAUUCGAGCAAUUAUCUCUUUAGCGACGCAGCUGAAUGUUACGGUUUGCCUGUAAAAAUCGACUACCAGGAUUUCAUCACUCAUAUCCAAAGUUUGCCCCAUAUGCACCCUCCGCAAGUCUUUGGCCUCAACACUAAUGCUGGCAUAACCAGAGACAUGCAGAACUCCCAACGACUUCUCAAUUCAGUGCUUAAAGCUUACGGUGAAGUGCAAACGGGAGGUGUUGGCGAAACAGACAAAUACAUAAUGACUCUCUGUUCAGAUAUUUUAUCAAAAUUACCAAAUCCAUUUGAUCAGGAAGAAGCUGUUCGGCGAUAUCCCGUUCAGUAUUCUGAAUCUAUGAAUACGGUGCUGGUACAAGAAAUGGACCGUUUCAACCGAUUGCUUGCCGCCAUUCGAAACUCUUUGAUCAACAUGCAGAAAGCGAUCCAAGGUUUGGUAUCGAUGACUCCCGCUUUGGAAGCAUUUGCUACUUCCCUCAUGAUGGCUCGAAUUCCGUCAAAUUGGGCAAGUAGUUCGUACCCAAGUCUCAAAAAUUUGCCACACUACGUGGCCGAUUUCUUAAGCAGAAUUGAGUUUCUCGAAAAGUGGUUCAAACAAGGAAAACCGGAUGAUUACUGGAUAUCUGGUUUUUUCUUCACGCAAGCGUUCCUAACUGGUGUUAAACAGAAUUAUGCAAGAAAGUAUACUAUUCCCAUUGAUAAACUGACGUUUGAUUUUGAAAUUUUAAAAAAGGAUCGCAGUGACAGAGCACCGAAGGAUGGGGCAUAUAUUUAUGGGUUAUUUACGGAUGGAGCAAGAUGGGAUAGAGUGAAAGGACAGAUUGAUGAAUUGUUACCAAAAGUCUUACACGAUACAAUGCCAAUGAUUUGGAUUAAACCAAUUAAGGAUUCUGAGUAUAGAGAAAGAGGCAGAUACAAGUGUCCUGUUUAUAAAACAUCAGAAAGAAGAGGUGUGUUGUCGACUACGGGACAUUCUACUAAUUACGUGCUACCAAUUUUAAUGGAAACAAGUGUAAAACCUUCGCACUGGAUUAAGAGGAGUGUGGCACUGCUUUGUCAACUAGAUUAAACACACAACACAGAGAAAAGUAUAUGUAA